GGGCCACUAUGAGCCAAGCUGGGGAACAGACCAACCCACCCAGUGGAGGAGGUGAGGAGGAGACUACUCCUUUAUCAGCCCUGGCUCCUGAUGCUGCCCUACAGGAGGAGAGCCUGGCCCUGGGCCCCACUCACGUCUCUGCCAUCCCAGCCUUCCAGUGCUUAGACCAGCUGUUCUCUACUGGCAAGAUCAGCGGGACCAAAGCAGCGACGCUCAAAGCCAGUUUCAGCCUGCUCCAUGACACCUUGAAGAGCUCUCAGCAGUCAGAGAUCCGGCUGCUGCAGGAGGCCAAGCAGUUCAGAGCAGAGCUGGAGCGCCAGCAGCAGGAUCUGGAGACGGCUGAGCAGUUCCCUGAGGGGCCGGACACAGAGGUCAGCCGCAUGAGACAGCAGCUCCCCUCCCAAGUUCCAGUCAACGACCUGCGACAGGCAGAGGAGAGGGACUACCAGAUGAACUACCAGCUAGAGUGUCUCACAGAAGAGAAGCUUUGCCUGGAGAAAGAGUAUGAGUCUCAACCCAAACCAGUUGAGCUGGAGAAGCGUGCGAAGGCCCUGAAGGACAGCAGUGAGGAGCUGAGGAAGGAGGUGUCUCAGAGGAGACAGGAGAUACACAGCCUGCUGGAGGACAUGGAGGCCAGACACAAACUGAUGACCAGGGAGCAGAGAGAACUGGACCACAAGAAGGACAGCAUAGUAAACAACCAGGCUGAGUUGGCCCAGCUUCUGUCUGUUCCUGGCCAGUUGGGGAAGGAGAUUGAGAGGAUCAACAGGAAAAAGAUGGAGGUUGAGAAAAGUAAGGCGGCCCUAGACGAGCAGCUGUCUGAGGUGGCGGCUCUGCAGAAGAGGACAGAGGCCCGCUGUCGCUCCCUGGAGGAGGAGAAGAGGGAGGUGAGGAGGCAGGUGGAGGGGCGCAGGGCACACCUGGAGGCUGCCGAGAGGGAACACAGCAUGCUGCAGAAAGAGCAGGAGAUGACCAAGGAGAAGGAGGUCAUUAUGAUGGGACAGAGAGGUAUGCUGGACAUCAAUACAGGCCACUGCAUCAUGGAAAGGAAGACCGUGCAUGAGAACCUGUCACAAAAGCAGCGUGAGAGGGACCGGCAGCUCAGAGAGCUGAAGAAGGUGGAGCUGCAGCUCAAACAGGCCCAGGACGCGCUGGUCUACACUCAGCUACUGCAUGACAAGACCAAGUCUACAAGGGAUGUCAAACCCAAAAGUGACAGGAUUCUGAAGACAAGACAGGAGUUACAGUUAGAAGUGGACAAGCUGAAGAGAAACUUGAUCCAUCAGCAAAGAUACCAUCGCAUCAAGCAAGAGCUGAGAGGCAAGAGUCUGGUGAUCCAUGAACUCAAGAAGCAGAACCAGGAGGUCCAGUCCAGGCUUGGUGUGUUUGCCAAGCUGUACGACAACAUCAAGGGUGAUAGGAACAAGUGUAUGAACCUGAUCCAGAUGGCCUCCCAGAGAACGGCUGAGAUGAGAGAGAAGUUCAAGAUCCUGGACAACGAGAUUGAGAUCCUCAGAACCAACGCCAUCAACAAAGAGAAGCUGCUCCAGAAGUCCCGUCUGAAGCACUUCCACAGCCACACCAUCAGAGACAGCCUGAGGAACGAUAUCUCCAAGGUGACCCUGGGUUAUGAUGAGACAGUUCUGAGGAGGAGCUCCAAGAGGGAGAAAUCAAAGGUGGCCAUGCAGAGCCUCAAUGACAGAGGAAGAGCCAAAACCAUCAUGCAGAGCGGUGAAUGUCAGGUGAGUCUGUCUAUCCAUGAGGAAGACCAGAACACGAGGAGCGGCAAUGACAGAGGGGUACAGUUGUUGGAGCGUGAGGAGGAGAUGUGUAUUUACGAGAAGGUGAAUGUUCAGGAGGGCCUGAUCAGAGACGGUAACAUAGAGAUGCAGGCGCUGGAGGAGGAGACGCGCUGCCUGCAGAUGAUCACCAAGGAAGAAGGAAGACAGACAGCCCUCAGCAGGAAACUGGUGCCCUGCCAGAGGAGACUGAAGGGAGAGAGCACCAUGCUGCAGAUACAGCUGUCAGAGUGUAAGGAGCGUAUGUUGGAGCUAGAGAAGGCCUUGGAGGAUCCAGGACAGGAGAACAGGGCCAGAGAGCUGGAGGGGAACGACCCAUCUCCUGUUGAACUCAUCCAGAAGAUAGAACAGCUGGAGGUUGGCUUGGCGGAGCGGGAAGAGCUGCUCCUGGAGAAGGACUUGGUGUUUGAGCAGGUGACCCGGAUCUCUCAGCGAAUAAGAGCGAAGGCCGAGAACGGCAAGCAGGACACACUGCAGCUAGCCAAGAAGGUGAAUGAGUUGCAGGGCCGUAUCAAGGAGUCAACCAGGAGGAUGAUGGCUGUGGUGUCUGAGUUGUCGAUGCGCCAAGCCAGCGCCAUGACCCUGCAGCAGGAGCUGAAGGAGAGGGAGCUGUUCCUGGACACCUGCCACCGGCGCCUGGACCAGGGUCUGCCCCCCUCUGAAGACCUGGAGCAGGAGUGGCAACACAUCCUCAGGGAUGAGCAGCGCAGGCAGGCCGACCAGCAGGAGAAAGACAGGCUGGUGGAGGAGGAGGAGAGGUCCCAGCUCCCUAGUGGGGUGUACACCACGGCCGAGGCCCGACCCAACGCCUACAUCCCCCUGGGGGACACCCUGCCCCUGCCCAAGCCCUACGGAGCCCUGGCCCCCUUCAAACCCUCUGAGCCCGGCACCAACAUCAGACACAUUCGCAAGCCUGAACCAAAACCCAUUGAGAUAUAG